AAAGUAUUUGGCGGAACUACAAAAACGGCCUUCAGUAAGUUUUAAGUUUACACGAAGACGGAUUGUGAUCAGAGUUGUUACACUUCUCAUCAGCACAGCUAUAAGGAAACAAAACAUGUGGAAUAAUGCUUUCAAUUGACAGUAAGAACUAAGCAAAUCCGCGCGCUUUGUGAACAGGAAGUGUGAUCCUCACGUGAUUUUUAAUUCUCGAACUCGGUGUCUUUACGCAACAAAAGUACUAUUUUCGACCCCCAAAGAUCUGUUUUCUGCCUAACGAUCCGUAACUCAUUUCCUUCGAGUUUUGUCCGAAUCAGCAGCUAACUGUAGUUUUGCCUCAAUUUACUUUCUUAGGUUCACGUGGUUAGUUUUAGUUCAGAGAUUUCCUAAUCCUGGCCGGCAUAAAGGGGAGUGGUUACAUCGUCAUGACUCAGUUUUAUUAGCGAUACUGAGCUAAAACAUUCUACCAACAACAGGUGUUUGAGCAAUCUACGGCAGGUGAACUGGGAUGUUCACCCUCAAGUCUUACGCUAACUACGACAAAAGUGCCUUACGAUCAUACUACGGACAAGCGUUUUAGGCGAAUUUGAAGGUGCAACACUUUUAAUUGGCCUCACUAAUACUAUAGGAACAUAGUGUUUCCUCUCUCACUCCAAAAGGAUAAGAAUGCACUAAAGCGUAUCCAAAGUAGAGCCACGAAAUCAGUUCGGGGACUCAAAUUCAAACCUUAUGAAGAGCACUUCAAACCACUUAAUUUUCACCUGUCAGGGUAUAGGCGUCUCACAAGUGGCCUGGUGACCUAUAACUUAAUUACUUCUGAGCAUCCCCUAACCUACUUAAGCUCAGUCAAAACACAAACUUUAAGUGUAACAUUCAGAAGUUAAAGAUGCAACAUAGGAGAAUGGACUAUACGGCUACCUUUUAAUCUGUGUGAUUAGUCGAAUCCUGGAUUUUAAUACCGACUGAGGUGGUCAAAGCGACUUCUAAGGGGUCCAUCAAGAGGAACCUUAACGUAUUCUUAGGGACUCAGGAUAAUAUUUUUUCAUAACUAAUACUUCUCUUUUGUUUUGUAAGUAUACCUAGGUUCCUACUUGGAAGUGUCAAUGAUCGACGGCUACUAGAUACGGAACCUCGUUAAACGAAAUCUUCUAUUCGUUCCACAACAAUUUGAAGAGAAUAGCUAUAUCAUUGAACUUCACUAGUGGUAGUCAAAUAAUGUGGUUUUAUUGUGACAACAUAAGUGUGAAACUGCGGUUUUGCAAUCUUACUAUACUUAGUUGUUGAUUCAUAUAAACUCAAUCUACUUUGGCUCAAGUGAAAAUGUAGGGUAAAUGAUGUUUGCACUAGAAAUUAGUAAAUUAGAAUUCUCAUUGGCCUACUGCAUCAACUAUUGAUGUUAAUUUAGCGAUUAACGUGCACAUCUGCAUGUAUUUGUGGAUGGCAUUAUAUAUCCUUUAUUCCCUGUAUUUUUGUCUCCAUUAUUUAUCAUUUGUUUGCCAUCUUGUUUUAGUGAAUGUGUGCAAUUCAUCAUUUAAUUAAAUACACCUAACUUGCGUAUGUUCUUUACGACUUCAGUGUGAUAUGAACACACAAUUGGUUGAAUAUUCAUCUAGUGAUGAAGAAGAAACUGAAAAACUGGAGCUGCCUACAAUACUUCAAGAUUUAAAUUCUGAUUCCUUUCGUUUUUUUGUUCGUGAAGAUGAUCCUUCGAAGCAUGAUUUUCGUAGUAGAACUUUUCCUCAUGAACCUGGGAGUUGGGCCACUUCUGUGUAUAUUGCAUGUAAUCACAACAACGUCUUGUAUUGUACCAAGGUUCUCAUUUGCAUUCUAGAAUACUUGAGGCGAUCAAAGACCCCGUAGUUCAAUCAAAUCCUGUAAUGGGUGAUUGUUAUACUGUGGAUUCUCCUCACAUAAGUUUGUCGAAGACAUGGCCUAUUUAUUUUCAUUGGAUUGAACAUCUCGUUUGUAAUCUUCGUUCUGCUGUAAGCUCUUUUGGAAAGUGCUGGAUUGCGCUUGAUGGCGUAGAAGUUCUUGUAAAUGAAGAAAACACACGAUCCUUUUUCACUUUAGUAACUUCUGAAGAGUCACGUAUAGCAUUGAUAUCUCUACUCAAUUCUGUUGAUUCAUGUGUCACUGCGUUUAGAGGGCCAAAGUAUUAUGAAAAUCCUAAAUUCCAUAUGAGUUUUUUGUGGUGUAAUGGGGAUGUUCGUAAGAAGUAUUCAACAGAAACACUAAACAAUUUUUUGAUGGAUUUGCGAAAAGCAAUAUUUGUAGAAUCUAAACAAAUAUCCCAUGAAGUUACAGAUAUAGUGUGCAAAAGCGGAAAAAAAUAUUUCGACAUAAAUAUAUUGUGAUCUUUUAUGUAAAUAGAUGUACUGUGCUUUGAAAUAUUCAUAUUUCUCUACAAGCUUAUUUAUUUUGAAGCGUACAAAACCUUGCACAAAAAAAUCCUAUUAACAUUAAUUUAAAUUAAAAUAAACCGGAAUAGUUUAGUAUUACAGAGGGAUAUGAGUCCUAAGAGGAAAAGUGAGAUAUUUAGUGGCCCGAUAUCUGACCCCAAGUGGAUCGUAAGAUUGAUUGUUAUUGAAUGAUUGCCGUCGAAAUAUAUACAUCGCCAAUCCUCGUAUAUACUCAUCGACUUGAAUCGUGUUGGUGAAUAACGGAAUUAAAUAAGCUGAAUACGAGAGUGGGUUUUUGAGUACGUAUAUUUCCUACAGUCAUUGAUCUGGACGGACAAUCAUAGGUACGAAGCGAAGGGAAGAAAGCAAAGCGAAAUGAUGCGCGGUGGAGAAGGCGUGUGAGCUAACUCGAUUUAAUCGAGCGUUAUUCGAUAUUUAUGGCCACACAUACAUGUGACGAGUAAGAUAAGGAAUGCACGCAUACACUCCCCCCAAAUGCCCCGGUACGGCCGGGAGUGAGGGGUCAGCUUUCCAUCUCGAAAUGCUCUUACAUGACCACGUGCAUACAACCACUGCCAGGGAAAUCCUAUUUACUGCCUUCUCGCGGCAGGGGCGUUGUUUACGAAAUUAUAGCUUCUGAACAAGCCAAUUAAUCCAUUCUUCUUGAGUCACGUUUUUACCUUGUUGAUUACUCAUUUAUCAACCCUGACUGUUUUUAUAUGAACGUAUGUGUGUGUACACUUUUUAUCCUCUGGAGGAGGUACCUACUCAUGAGAAGCCUGUAACUUAUUUUUGUUAGGCUAUAAAUGUUCAUUAACUCUUGAUUAAAUUGAUUUGGUUCACAUGCCUUCUACACUGCACGUCAUUUCACUUCAUUCUUUUCUCUCCGCUUCGUUUCUCCGACAAUUUGUCUGGAUCGACAAUUGUAUGAAAUAUAUGUAUUCGAAAUGUAUUUUCGUGUUUGACUUAUUUGAUUCCGUUAUUCACUAAAGUGGAUUAAGUCGAUAUACGUAGAACCUAAGAUCACUUGAAUGAAAUAUGAGUGCCUUAUAUUUCAGUUAUAAAAAGAUUAAUGCCCUGGUACGGCCAAGGGUGGGCAGAGUUAACUCUCCCUUUCCAAUUCCUUGCACAUGGCCAAGCGUAUACAGCCAGGGAAGUUCUACUCACUGCCUGCUCGCACCAGUGGUGCUGUUUACGAAACUGAGAGGAUGAAAAUCGAAUGUCAGGCGCUUUAGGCGGGCUGGUGGAUACGGAGAGUUCACCUAGGGGGGUUGGGAAACCCUGAUUCCAAACCAGUGGUGCACAUGGGCUCCAGUAUCGUGAAGUAACAAAUAGCGUAUGAAUCAAUUGUUGGUCACCAGCUACCAUGGGUCUGCAUUCCGUGCCGUUGCUCCAUUGCCUUGUGGAUCAGAUCUUUAGGUCGAAGUCUCGGAGUGUGGUCCCCAAAGAAAACCACCUGCUUCGGUCUGGGCAUCCGGUCAUUAUCCCAGCACUCACAAAUCGAAUGAUUGAUAUGGCGCAUAUCUAUUUGGUGCCUUCUUGUACCAAUUUUUAUGUGUUCAAACAAAUAUAUAAAAACAGUCAAGUUUGAUAAGCGAAUAAUUAAUAAGGUCAAAAUGUGGCUUAAGAAAGGUGAGUAGAUCGGCUUGUUCGGAAGCUAGAAUGAGUUAGUGGGCUUAAAAAUAGCAACCGACACUACAGACAUUUAUGUACUAUAUGGUGGCUAGUUUUGGGCCACGUCAAUCUGUUCCCAUUUCCUGAUUUUUAGAAUCUAGAUAACCCCAGCUAUGUAUCUUAUGCGACCAUUCGCCCUAUCGCUGAUGUUUUUCUCGUAUUUACGAGAAUUCACAUCACCAACGGGUCCGUUCUUCAUUUUUUUCAGAUUCUACUCUUCACCUUAUUCGGUAGUUUCAACACACACAAUAAGCGAAGCACCUACGAGUUAAUACGUUCCAGUCACAUUUUAGGGGUUAAGUGAAGCUGUCAAAUGCUACACAAAGUUGUCACUUGGUCGCCUCGUUCCGAUAUCAUCAAUGUUGGGGAUAUGAACUAUGGGACUCAAUGAACACAAGUUGCGCUUUUUGGAUCGAGUAAAAAAGGUGCAAUUCUUAUUUCGUAAUUGAACACCUAGUCUUGGUUACUAGGCUACUUAGACUGAAUGUAAAAGAAGCAAAAAUUACUAUAAAGGAUUACUUAGGUGUUUGUUUCAUAGGACUUCAUAUCAAUCAAAUCUUUGAUGAACAAGUAAAGUGGUAUGUUCUGCUUCUUUCUAAGUACUUAGCAGAGUUGAAAGCUGAAAAUGUGAAGAAGUCUCGCUGCAUAAUCUAUUGGAGAAUAAGAAAAUUGAUAGAGCGUUAAUCUACCAAAACUUGUAAAAAAAGUAGGGAUUUGAAUCGAAUUUUGGAUUACGAUCCAAGUUUCGUAUAAAAGAAAUAACUGCCGAUUUGGUGAACUCCAUUCAGGGGCAGAGUUACAUGUUCACGUUUUCGUGAAAUGGAAUGACUUAAUUUCGAUUCAUGGAACUACUCUAAGUUUAUGAAGAGGGAUAGAUAGUGUUUGGUUGUGUAUCUAGAUGAUCAGGUCGAACGAGAUCGGGGUCGCGUUGGUAUCAAAUACACAACUGGGAAAUCAAGAUUGCCAGUUUACAUUUAUUAGAUCUUAUUAAGACUGAUAUUACGGAUAUGCAUUCCUUCCGUAUAUUACAACGCGAGCAUGGUGUAAAAAGAUCGACUUAAAAGUCAGAACAAUAUAUUUUCGAUCAAUACUUGAAUCCAAACAAUAAUUUAGGUGCUACGGUAAUAGAGAACUGAGUUUGUAAAAAAACAUCGGAAGAUGUAUAGCCUUAUUGUACAAAAGUUUACAAGUUGGUAUGAAUCCAAAUAACCAUCCUAGUUACCACACCAUUAUCGGCUGACCGCGAAAGCUAUAUCAAAUAAACAUAGAGUCUGCUGGAGCAUUUUGAGAAAACAAGACUAUAGAAUUAUAUCCGAUCAAUAGGUUUUGCAUGCAUAAAAAAUAUUUCACUAGAUGUUUGCAAUUUAUUGCUAAUAUGUGUUAAGAUAGUGUCUCAUCGAUCCUAGCUUCUGGAUACCAACCGGAUUUCACCUCGUGCUUUGAACUGAGCGACGUAUAUUUGUUCACUUGCUAUUGUUUGCUCGAAUCUUCUCAUUGAUGUUUAGGACUGCCAAUGGAAAGAUUCAAGCAAACAAUACCAAGUGAAUUUAAACUUCACUUCAUUGCACAAACAAGUAGCUAUCAGGACUCAGUAGCUAAGCGGAUAACUUGAUGGCAUUUGAAACGAACGGUACUAGGUUCCAGUCCCGGAGUGAACAACAACUCCAGGAUGCAUGUACAUCCAGCCGGUGAGUCCCAAAUAGGACGAAACGCUUGUCCUAGAUCCCACUGCUAACCACCAUGUUUCCUUAUGUAUAUUGGUUUGAAUUUUUGCAUAAGGAUA